AUGAGCCAAAAUCAAGUUGAGAAGUCCGUGAUGGACUUGAUCUCCCUGUUCCACAAAUACACCAAAUCUGAUGACAAGAUUGACAAGCGGGGCCUGCUGAAGAUGCUGACGGAGAAUUUCCCUGUAUUCCUCAAGGCCUGUGACAAAAAGGGCAACGAUUUCUUGGAUCAUAUCUUUGAGGACAAGGACAAGAAUAAGGAUAAGAAGAUCGAGUUUUCUGAGUUCCUGUCGGUGUUGGGGGAAAUUGCCACGGACUACCACAAUCAUAGCCACGGAGCCCCGCCCUGCUCUGGGGGAGGAAAGUGA